AUUAGAGAAUUACGUAUGCAGUGUCUCAGUGAUAAAAGUUGUGUCGCUGUCGAUGGCAUGAGCCUCAAUACCAGCGAUUUCAUAUUGGGCUAUGAUGAGUCAAAGUUUGCCGAGAAGAUAAGGCACCUGACGCCCAUCGAACAGGAAGCCGUCAAGCGUUUUUGGAGGUCGCUGGUUUUGCGAAGUCAACGCGCCUUCAUUGAGGAAAAUGUUCGUUCCAACAACGACCACAGCGGUAACAACAACAACAACAACAGCAAUGGAGUUGGUAACCCUUCUGCAUCAUCAAUUGGCAAAAACCGUUCAGUACGCAGUUGCAAUUGCUGUCCAUAUGGCUAUCACAUUGAUCUGGACUUUGUGCGCUACUGUGAAUCUCUGGCCCAGGCCAAGCCCAGCGAGGAUGAAAUACGACGACGUGAUCGUCGUCGAUCACGAAAAUCCAUGGAAUUUAUGCUGGGCUUCGAGAGUCUUUUCGGUGGCGAUUGGCAGGCUGAUGCCCGUGUGGAGCCAAAAUUAACAGAGGCCGUACAUGAAAGUGAACCAGAUUCGCCACGCUUAACUGCAGCAGGAGGGGGAGUGGCCCAGCCAUAUCUUACUACGCCAUGCUACAGGCCACGUUCAUCUUCUGUGCCUCGUUUCACAUAUGGCAGCAUUCCCCCACGAUCGGAAUCACCAUUUGGCACAGCCUCUUCCACCUGUUCAUCGCUACGUGGGGGAGUUGAGAGCGAUGCUGCGGUCUAUCAGUCGCAUAAACCAGCCAUUAGUCCACCAGAGACACGAGCCUUCCUCCAUGAAGCUCUCGACGAAGUGUGUAGCGAUUUUGAGCGUACUUUGGAGCGUACUUCGGUAAAGAGACGCAAAGCGCUAGGCAACUACAACAGCAACAACAACAACUAUAAUGCUGGCUCCAUGUCCAUGGAUCGCAACAAUAACAAUCUAAACAAUGGUUACGGUCGGGAUCCCUACAAAGACUCAACGAGAGAUCGUCGUUUGGGCCAUGCUACCUGGGAUCGUCACUUUGAUGUUGCAGACUCUUGUAUAGCUGGCAAUCGUUCACCAUCGACAACGCCGCGUUUGUUUAUGCGAUCAAAUACUUUGCCAUUGCAACAAAGACCCAGUCCGGCGGAGGUCCAAUAUGAAAGUUAUGUGCAGGCCACAGUGGCAGCCAAUGCCAAAUCGCCGGUGGAACAAAGCUUGGAGACAACGACUCCACCACCGCCGCCACCUCGACGAUAUCAGGACAAGCCUAAAGUCGGCAAAGAGAAUGGCGGAGUUGAGAGUCCUUUGGUCUCGCCAGUUAACUCUGAAGGAGGCCAGACGCAAGCCGAUGCUCAGGCCUUAUAUCAAAUAAGAGAACAAAUGGCAUUGAGCUUGAAGAGAUUGAAGGAUUUGGAGGAGCAAGUAAAAGUUAUACCCGAUAUGGAACUGGAACUAACUACUUUGCGCUCAGAGAAACAGCAGCUUGUGAGGAAGAACGAAGAGCUGUUGCGUGGUCAACGUCAGACACCUUCGCCAUCCAGUCCGGGUGGUGUAAGCAAUAGCAAAACGGUGCCAUCUCCUGUACAGUUUACCCCUCAGCGUAUUAGUCCUGUGUCUCUCGAAAGUCUUGGAUCGAGGAUACGAAGCACCUCCAACUCUGCUUCACCCUCACCCACUAUAAGACGGGAUGUGGGCAUUCAAGCAGCUGCCAAAGUGAUAGCCACUCGGGAUAUAGCAGUGGGCAGUAGUACAUUGAACACCCGCCAUGUGGGCACACAACAAACUGAAGCCAUCUACUCGCAACAGCAAUUGCAGGAGAAGAUCGAACAGGUGUUAAGUAAGCAAAAGGAAGAGAAUACUAGCAAGCUAAUCUCAGUGGGAACCCAAAUGUAUAUACCGCAACGUGAACAACGCGAGAUGGGUAGCCAAACCAAGGCAGAGAGACCAAAGCUUUCUUACAAUGUCGGCGUUAAUGUCAAACCGGCGACUAGGGAAAACUUUACCAGCUGUAAGCCAGAAGUCCGCUCCGUUGCCAGCUCGGAGGAUCGUGUAAAUGAUGUGCUCUGUGAGAAAUGUGCAGUGAGUAAACGUAGUGUAGCCUCUGGACCAGAAGAGGCAUUUAUCAAUGCGGAGAAAGCAAAGCCAGCAGCUGCUGCAAGUCCUCCCCAAAUGCCAGGACGUAGCAACACGUUUAGUUUGGGUGAAAGUGAAUCCCUUUCAAGUGCCAUUAAAAAGCGCAAGCACAUUGGCUGUCAGACACCUGAAACGCAUGUUCAUUCGUCUGGCACUCAAACAUCUGCAACUACAGUACGUUCAACCGGAGCUCAAGUCACUCCAGAGCAAAAGCCCGCUGCCGUGCAGUGUGUGGUGCAAAUGAAAACAAGCCAAACCGAUACUGUAGACCUGCAACAACGUCUCAGUCGAAGUGUUACCAAAUCCGAACAAAUCGCCGAGCCUAAAAAACCGCUGAGUAUCAGUCACACGGCCAGUAAUACGGAUGAGAUGGUCGUGCCCAAAAAGGUGGAACGUCGCUCAACCAGCCACUCGGCGUGCAAUACCGAAAAAGUGGAUAAACGUGAUGUUGGCUGUGGUGAUAUAGUUAAGCCCCAUAUAUCCAUAGCCUGUGCGGCAAAUUACUGCGACUCGUGCAAGGAGGCCAUUCAGGAAUUGGCCAAAGACUUUACAAGGACCAACAGUCGAACACAAUCGUCGCCGGCAAUAAAAACUCGUCGUUCCACUUCGGCGGAUUCGCGUAUACCAAGGCCCAAGCAACUCCCAAGUCCUAGUCCGGCGCGAAGGGAAUUGAAGCGGCAAAAUACUUAUACUUUGGUGACACCAUCGACCACCCCCAGUCCCAAAUUGGAGAGAAAAGCGCUAAUGAGUUCGUUGCAGGAGAAGCCACCAAAUGUCUCUAGCUUCCAGACACUGGACUCCUCCGGAGAGUCGCAGAGUUUCAUCAAACAGCCGUCCAAUAAGCAGCCUUCGUUAGAUCUCUCGCAAUUGGGAGAUGAUGAGUUGGUGGUACGUGAAGAGAAACGUGUGAGCAUUAGUUGGUCUCGGGAUGCUUCACCAGCUCCUUUGAUGAGUGCUUCAUACACAUUAUCGACUUCACCGGAGCAGCAACAGUCACCGGAAAAGGAAGAAGAACAUGAAACAGAUCACUCUGUUGCUACUGCCUCCCCCUCCCUGGAGGCACAGAUAGCUCAAGGGGCGCGUAAGAAAUCCAGUACGCCUCUGAAAUCUAGUCAAAGCGAAGAGUCCCAGAUCACCGUGAUAGAGAGACCGCCAACCAAGGCUCAAUUACAUCAGCUGGCCCAGUCCCAAUCCGAGCCAAGGCAAAAAACUGUAUUAAGCAAAGAGUUUAAGGAUGCUCUCAAAGUGAUUAACGAUUCGCUUCUCAAAAAGUUGGGCUCAAAGCCCAUCUCAUCGGUUAGCCUUAAGUCAUCCAAGGCAAUCAUACAAGAUAAUUGGUUCCGUAAUUCAAGUACGGGUAAAUCGGAUCCCAAUGAAGUUGAAGACUAUUUAGAUUAUUUUGAAACGCUAUCAGUGCCAUUGCUUGAGUAUUGUGUGAAUUUGACCGAUGAAAAUGGCAAUACAGCUAUGCAUUAUGCGGUUUCGCAUGCCAAUUUCGAUGUGGUAUCCAUUUUGCUGGAUUCAAAGGUUUGCAAUGUAAACCAAAUGAAUAACGCCGGAUACACGUCUGUGAUGCUCGUCUCGUUGGCGAAAUUGAAACAACCGUCACAUCGUACAGUCGUUGAGCGACUGUUUCAGAUGGCUGAUGUCAAUAUACGAGCCAAAAAGCACUGCCAAACCGCACUGAUGCUCGCUGUGUCGCAUGGUAAUAGCGAUAUGGUCAAUUUGUUAUUAAGUAAUGGAGCCGACAUUAAUAUCCAGGAUGAGGAUGGAAGUACUGCUCUUAUGUGCGCCGCCGAACAUGGACGUUUGGAUAUUGUAAAGUAUUUACUAUCAAAUCCAGACUGCGAUUCAAUUAUCCAAGAUGUGGAUGGCAGCACUGCAUUUAAAAUUGCCUGGCAAGCAGGUCAUCGUGACGUCGGACUUUUGCUCUAUGUCCAUGAGCAGAUGCUGCGCAGCAAGUUGCCAAAUCGUGGGGAUUCUUCAACAACCGAUCCAGUGACAGCAGAAAGUCUUAAACAACAUCAAGCCAAGAAAUAGCCAAGAUCAAAUGAAAAUAAUUAACAAAAAUAAUUAUAUACAAUAUUUUUGAACAACUUUAAUCAUAGAAAUUUUCGACUAGCAUUUUUAGAUGAAAGUAGAGCUGUAUACGUAGAAGUAGUUCGUGUAAUAUCCAUUCCAAAAAGAAAAAAAAAACAAAAAGAAAUUGUUGUUAACAACACACACACAUGUGUGUGUUUUUUUUCUUUUUAAUUUAUUUUACAUCUACGAGUAAAUAACUAAUGAUUAAUUUUUUUUACAACUAAAUACUGCAAACAAGCCUGUGGUGGCUACUCCAAGUAGCUGACAUAUUUUUGUAAACCAAUCAACCAUAUCAAAUGCAAAGCGACAAUGCAAAAAAAAAAGAACAAAACAAAAAACGAUUUAAAUUUUAACACAAACAAAACAAACUAAAUCCGAUUGACAUACUUAAAAAUGGAAACAAAUCAAUCAAUUUGUAUUUAAUAGUAAUUAAAGCAAAUAUAUACUUAAUAUUUAUUUGUGAAACUAUAUUUAAAAAAAAACACGAAGAAAAAACUUCAACAUAAAUUCAUAAUUAUUAUUAUACAAAAAAGAAAUAAAUAUAAAGGAAAUGUCUUUAAUAUAGAUUUAAAAGGUAAAACAAAAAUAAAUUUUA